ACGUUCUUUCAGAGAGCUUUAUCCACUUCCCAUGGCGUCUUCCGCCGCUUCUCCCUCCUUAUCUCUACUCUCACUCACUUCAAAGCCUCCUCCGUCCUCCUUCUCCUCCGCCUCCGCCACGCACCGGCUUUUCCCUUCAUUCAGAAUCAACGGCGGCUUCGCGCCUCUAACACUGAACCCCCGCCGCGGCCGUUCAAUCAUCGUCAAAGUAGACGACAGCGAUGCCGACGGCGGAGGACAGGACGAGUACGACAUGGACGACGAGGAAGUGGAAGAAGUGGACAACAAGAAGGACUACGACGUCGAGUACGACCCCUUGGCCGCAGCGAUGGCAGCCGCAAGCGGCGGUGGCGGCGACGGGGACAUCGCGUUCGUGCAGAGCAAGAGCUUCAUAUCGACGCAGGGGUGGGACUCGGAGAUGGUGGUUGAUUACAGGAUAAACGAAGACGAGUUCCAUAAGAUCAGCUUGCUGGACUGCGACUUCUUCAUCAGGAAACCGCCUGAUCCUGAUAACGAUGUUUAUGACUUCAGAGAGAUGUAUGUUACUCCCCCGGAUACAGAUAUUUACUCGAUUCCAAGAGUUCUUGCUCCAAUGCCUCAAAAGUAUAUCCGAUGUGCGAUGAGUGACUAUGGAUGUUACGAUGUCACCGAACCGCCUAUCGAUACUCCCAGAGAUCCACUAUACAAAUCUGUGAGGGAGAUAUCCAAGGUUUUCUUGACAAAGCAUUAUCGGAACAGAAGGUUAAACGACCCAGAGUUUGUGCUAGACCUUGAAGAGAUCUAUGUUAUUGACUCCAAGACGAAGUCAAUCACCAGGGCCAGAGUUCUGGUGACAGUUCCGGGAGGAAGAAAAAGGGAUAGGAAGGAUGACUUGCUCGUGAUACGCGAUAAUGGAAACUCCUUUAAAAUCAUACACGCGGUAGCUUUGAGCUUUCCAUUUCCCCCCCACACUUUUCUUCGGGCAGUCAUUUGUAUUACUUCACCUAGAUUGACUCGUAUUCUAUUAAUGUUUAUAUAUUUUGCUUUCUUUCAGGGAGAAAGAGAUGACCCGACAACGGUGAUAGAAAGGGAAGAGUGGACUAAAACUCGAGAAGACAUGGAGAAACAUCUCAGAAAGCUACGAGACUUCAGUGUCUCAAAUUGGUUCUAAAAAUUCCAAAAGAAACCAAGCGACAACUCAGCAAAAAAUUCUUCCUGGGAUGGAGUACGAGAGCAGAUGGAGGGGCCAAAGAUGUGUUGUUCCAUAGUAUACAAUGUUUUCUGACCCCAUAAUGUACUUUACUAGCUAGCAGCAGAGUUGAAUGCGUGCGUUAGUGGAUGAUAUAGGCUCUACUCUAGAACAAGUGUGUGCAGAUGCAAUAGUUUUGAUGAAUUUAAAUAUUCAAUGACUAGAGAAGCUAGCUUAUGUAUUUUGUUAAUUAACAAGAGUUUCAUUAUUUGCAACUAAGGUGUUUUAACAGUGUUUAAUUCAA